AUGAUCGAGGUGGUGCUGAACGACAGGCUGGGAAAGAAGGUUCGGGUGAAAUGCAACGAGGACGACACCAUAGGCGACCUGAAGAAGCUGGUGGCUGCCCAGACGGGGACCCGAGCGGAUAAGAUCCGAUUCCAAAAGUGGUACAACAUUUACAAGGAUUACGAAAUCCACGACGGCAUGGGCCUCGAACUCUACUACAACUGA